GAUUCCACCACUAGAGUUCUCCCUGUGUUUACCUCUGAGUGUUCAGACACAAACCACCAGCCUCAAAACUAGCCCGAAAAAACACUAAUGUGAGCUGCCUGGUGCUCCAUCCUUCAAGGAUUUGUGUGUUAGUGACACCGGAGCAAAAGUCGAGAUGAAUAAGGAAAUCAUGUCACGCGUGUUGAAGAAGCGGCAGGCGGACCCUAAGGUGGUGCAGUACGUGUGGGCGGCCAUCGAGGUCGUCCGGAACCAGAAACAGAUCGCAAACAUGGACCGGAUCUCCAAGUACCUGAGCCGGGUGUUCGGGAUGCACCCUAAGGAGACGGCGCGGCAGCUGAGCCUGGCGGUGAAAGACGGGCUGGUGGUGGAGACGCUGACCGUCGGCUGCAAGGGCUCCAAGGCCGGCAUCGAGCAGGAGGGCUACUGGCUGCCCGGGGACGAGAUGGAGCCGGAAGCCGAGGGAAGCAAGUUUCUCUUAAAGAUGGCGGAUGAAGAAGGUCGUCUCCUCCCCCCCUGCGGUGUCUCGAAGGUCGGAGGGGGGGGUCAUCCAGACUGUUUCUCUGCUGUGUCUCCCCAGCAGGAGUGGGAGGCAGAGAGCCACGACUGGUACUGCUUCGAGUGUCACCUCCCGGGCGACGUGCUCGAGUGUGACAACUGCUUCCGGGUGUACCACCUCAAGUGUCUGUCGGACGAGUUCAAGCCCAAAGACGGGGGCUCACACUGGCAGUGUAGCGCCUGCAGGGGCAGUAAAAAGAAGAACCUGAACAAACAGGAGAUGAGUAAAUACCUGCGCUUCAUCGUCCAGCGUAUGAAGGAGAGGGCGGUGGAUCUGAACAAGAAAGGCAAAGACACGAAACACCCCAUGUACAAACGUCUGAUCCACACCGCGCUGGAGGUCUCCAACAUCCACGAGAAUCUGUCUGAAGGAAAGUAUAAAAGCUUCGAUGAGUUCAAAGCAGACGCUCAGCUGAUCGUGCACAACACUGCCAUCCUGUACGGAGUUAACAGCGACCAGGCGGAGAUCGCUCGGCUGCUCUUCAGCGACACGUGCCACGAGCUGAACGAGUUGCUGUUGUGUAAGAACUGUUUCUACCUGUCCAACGCACGGCCAGACAACUGGUUCUGUUACCCCUGUAGCCCCAACCAUGACCUGGUCUGGGCCAAGAUGAAGGGCUUUGGAUACUGGCCAGCCAAAGUCCUCCAGAGAGAGGAGAACCAGGUGGACGUUCGCUUUUUCGGACACCAGCACCAGAGAGCGUGGAUCCCGUCGGACAACAUCCAGGACAUCAAGGUGAGCGUGCAGCAGCUGCAGGUGAAGCGCAGCAGCGGCUGGAAGAAGGCCUGCGAGGAGCUGGAGGUCUACCAGCGCUUCCUGAGGGAGGGACGCUUCUGGAAGACAAAGAUGGAGGAAACCAACAUGGCAACAGAACAACAACAGCAACAGCUGCAACAACAACAACAACAACAACAACAACAACAGCAGCAGCAGCAGCAGCAGCAACAGCAGGAGAACCAGAGCCAGAACCAGAGCCAGAGCCAGAGCCAGAGCCAGAGUCAGCGGCAGGAAGGAGCCGGCAGGACGGACCGGCUGGAGCGGACCGACGAAGCCGAGUCCAGCAUCUCCUCCACCAGCAACGAGCAGGUCCGACAUCUCAAAAGCAGCCUGGAGCCCAAGGCCAAGAAAAGCCGCCGGACACAAAUAGUCGAGCCCAAAGAAGAAGCGAGCUCUCACUGCUCGUCUCUCCUGCAGGACCCGGAGCCGGAGAUGGAGGCGGUGAGCUCCAGCCAGGAGAUCCCGGUGUCGUCGGCGCCGCCGCAGCCCGAGAGGCUGUCGGUGUCCACGCAGACCAAGAAGGCGAGCGGGGGGUCGCCGCGCACGCUGCACCGCGGCACGCAGACCAGCAGCGACGGCGCCUGCCAGAACAUGUGCCACGAGAAGUACACCAAGGUGUUCAACGACGUGAAGGAGAUGAUGAAGGCCGACAACAAGAGGGAGACGGAGCGGGUGGUGCGGGAGGCGCUGGAGAAGCUGCGGGCGGAGAUGGAGGAGGAGAAGCGCCAGGCGGUCAGCAAGGCGGUGUCCGGGGCUCAGGCGGAGAUGGAGAGGAAGUGUAAGCAGGUGAAGGAGAAGUGUAAAGAGGAGCUGGUGGAGGAGGUGAAGAAGGUGGUGGCCCAGCACAAGCAGCUCAUCUCCCAGACCAAGAAGAAGCAGUGGUGUUAUAACUGUGAGGAGGAGGCCAUGUAUCACUGCUGCUGGAACACCUCCUACUGCUCCAUCAAGUGCCAGCAGGAGCACUGGCACGCCGACCACAAACGCACCUGCCGCAGGAAGAGAUGAACAAGCCCCGCCCCCUUUCCACCUUUCCACACAACGCCAUUGGCUCUCUCGCCCUCCUCUCUUCCUCCUCCUCCUGUCAGUCAGUGUCUACCACACACACACACACACACACACACACAAGCUUCUCUACUUGCCUUCCUGAACACUUUGUGAACUCUGUGUGAAAAGAGCAACUUGUCCCCUCUUUGUUUUUAUUAUUUAACGUUCCCGUUUUAUUGAUUUUAUACCGGGUUGCUCCGAUGCAGAGUAUGAUGAUGUUUUUUUAAUUUGUUUUCCUUUCUUUUACUGAAGUGCUCACUUUGAGAAUGUGUUAUUUAAGUGUGUAGUAACGGACGAGCGUAUAUACGUUUUAUUACCUGGAUUUUUAAAAAAGGAAAUCACUUUUUCUUACUGUAAAUGCAACGAACACACACCGUCGAUAUUACGAGAAAAGUUUAGAGAAAUACCGUAAAUAUUAUCCGCAUCCAGCUAGCUCCUCUUUCAUACGGGAACCCUUUUUUAAAAUCUGCACACGCUAUUGAUUUGGCUCACCGACGUGAAAUUACUUAUCUCGUGUUUGAAUGAAACGGUGCGUGGCAUCCCUUCUCUCGUUUCUACCUAUAUCUGAUGUCACUUAUUGGGAACAGGGUUACAAAAGUUGGCCUUUAAAAAAGACGCCGACAAAUAAAUCUUCCAUGUAUUAUUAAAUUAUAAUAUAAUUGUGCACAUUUUGAGGCUCUUUAUUCCAGAUUUUACGAGUCAAUAUAUUAAAGAAAAUUGGUUUUAAUUCGGGGAAAAUGCAGAGCAAUUUUUCCUGAGCUGGGUCUUGGAGAGGUUCACAGAUUUGACCGAUUUCUGCACCGUUUUUCGCCCCAAAUCUCGCCAAAACAUUGUGUUGAUCCUUAAGUUCUCAAACUGAGAUAUUCUGUAUAUUUUCCAGAUCAUUUUUAUAGCGAUUCCUCUUUUUUUUUUACCCUUUCACUGCAUUGCUGUAGUUAGGUGGUCAGUGCCUGUUUUUUUAUUUCUCCAUGCAUGUUGAUAGCUUCCUAGUUUUCCUUUCAUUACGGUAAAAAAACGACAGCAUGGAUUCCAGGAUGUGGCUGGUGUCCAAUGAGCAGUGCGGACGGAUGGACCAAUAUAAGACAUUAUGCAACAUGUGAACGAUCAACCCUUUUCUACGGUGUCCCCGCGCUGCGUGUCUCCGCUGUGUAAAUACGGUGCUGGGAAACUCUGUCCUUUUUUAAAAAGGGGCAAUCAAAUUGUCCCGUUUUUGUUUUGAGACGCUUUUAAAGUCUGUUUCCUCAGUAAUGAAGACUGACUGAACGGAGGAAAUACUUCAGUAACUCUGUACAGAUCGCUUCUUUUUUACACACACACACACACACACACACACACACACACACACACACACACACACACACACACACACACACACACACACACACACACACACACACACACACACAUUGCUGUUAAUAAACCUGUGCUUCUGUUGACAUGUGGCAAAUAAAAUACCGUAAAUUCUCCCGUAGUGGUGAGGAGCUUUUUCAACUCGAGAGAAUCCAUUUUAAACUUUUAAGACCUGGAGGAACUUUGGUUUCCCGCGUCGCUCUAAUGCAGUAUUUUCACCAGAGUGGGCGGGGCUUAGUUUAUACCGGAAAUGACGUUGGCGCCUCAGGCUGUAUUUUACUAGAAAAAACCCCGGCUUACAAAAUAAAUAUAAAAUAACAGGAAAAAAUACAAAAUGUUUUAUAAUUCAUGACCACUUUAUAACGCAACUGCUAAUUAACUUCAAAAUUAAGAAAUAGUUUCGUAUCAUAAACCUAAUGAAGGUUUGAUUUUCUGAGAUAUUCUUCAAUAUAGUAGCUCCCCUGGUUCCUCAGUUAGAUUAUUUUAUGUUUCUAAUGAUCUGUCCAUUCAUUUAAUUAUGUGUUUAAUGUCAGUGAAUAAUGGAUAGGAUAUUCACGGCAUUAAAUAUCAUGUUUGGACCAUUUAACAUUCAAAUAUAUCGCAUCAUCAUGGAACAAAACUGAGAAAAAUCCCCAAUAUGAGAAACAGCAACCUCAAUUAACAAACCUAUAAAACAAACUUCUUCAUUUCUUGUUAUUUAUCAAUGGUAACAAACUGCAGACUCAAAACAUAUAUAUAUAUGUAUACACACACACACAGGAAAUGUUUAUUGUUCCUGUUUUUUAUUGUAGCCUAUGGAAAAAUCCCACUUAAAAAACAACACUGUAAUAUUUUUACCAGACCACCAUUACAUGUUCCAUCUCGCGCACCCCCUGGUGGCAGCUCCACACUUUGGGAAUCCCUGCUCUAAGCACCGAGGAAUAAGAUAAAUCCGUUUUCAACACAAAUAAUGUACCUGUUUUUGAUGAAUUCACUCUUUAGAUCAGAUUUGAUAGGGAGUCUCACCUUUGUACUCUGUUCGCAGUGUAAAUAAAGGACUUGUAUUCUCACGUUUUGAAAAAGCCACCCACUAUCAGAGGAUUAACGGUAGCCGUUGUUCCCGACGUCUCACUCUCUUCUGAGUCUUUUUAUUUUUUGGAAACUCAUUUAAGUGUAUCACUUUAAUAAGAUGUAAUUGUACAGUUUCUCUGUCCAUCCCUCGGCCUCUGAUUCAUUCUGAUUAAUGAUCCUCUCCUCUGCAGGCCUUUUCUUUCCUCCACCCUCCUCAUCCUCCUCCUCAUCAUUGCACUACAUGUAAAUAAACAUCUCCUCCUUCAUAUUAUAUUGUAUAAAUGGAUCCACACGUAUGUUCUGUGUUCACAGUGAUCUGGACGACUGUUAGUUCUAGUUUUGUACAAUGUACAACCGUUUAUCUGCCCCCCACACUCUGAGGUUUGUGUCACUUAAGCCUUGUUUCUAAUUCCUUUUGAUUCAGUCACAGCUGCACGGCACCUUCAGCUCAUGCACACAUCUCAAAAACCAGGGGGAAAUCUGAUACGUCUCCCAAAGUCUCCUUUCUCCCUGAAGGUGACGCACUUUUUGUCACAGCUCUCACUGUUUUUAUAUUCGUCCAUCCAGACGUUUUAACGAACAAUGAAAAACGAGAAGAUGUUUCAGCGUGAGAAAACCUUUUGACUUCAUUCCUGUGUUUUUAGUUUUUUUACCUGCAUGAGUAAAGGUGUGUUUCUCCAGCUCCUUGUUUUAAAAAAGAAAAGACAGAGUAAAGCAAUAUGACAAUGACGUUUUUACACUUUCUGGAACUACAGUCGAGCGAAAAGGUGAUUUAAAUCCAUCAGAUUUGGCUUUUUAUUGUCUUUAUUCCACAGCUUUCAUUUAAUCGUGUGGAAUAAAAGCAGUCUAGAGUCCCCCCCCCCCCCCCCCCUCCCGUAUCCUCUGUCCAUAUGUAAACUAUUAAAUGUGGUUUAACAUUUAUUUUCUAUGCUCCUGACAUUUCAUUUUGUUUUGAUGCUUUAGCUAGCAAUAUGUAUAUAAAUAUAUUCUAUGUGCUAACAUGGAGGAAAUAAAUGUAUCAACAAGUU